AUGGCGGGCAAAAAGGUAGAGAACACCAAGAAGGUAGCUGGUAACGCAAAGAAAGCAGAGGCAGCCGCCGAGAAAGUAGCCGCAGAAAAUGCGAAAAAGGCAGCAGCAGAAGAUACAGACUGGAGUAAGGGCACCAAAAGCAACGCCAAAAAAGACGCAGAAGCAAGUAAGAAGGCCCAGGCCGCGCGCAAAAAGGCAGAAAAGGACGCUCUGUUAGCAGAAGAAGAGAAGGAUGCUCGGGCAACACCAAAAAAUGCAAAAACGGCAGUUAAAAAAACCAAGGGCCUAGAUUUGUCUCAACUAGACGAGCCGGGAAGCUCUACCAAGCCCUCUGCGCUGAACGCGACAGGAAUUGACAAUGCUCUUGACGCACUCUCUUUGACAACCGACUCUUCUGCCUCCAAGAUCGACAAGCAUCCAGAAAGGCGUUUCAAGGCCGCCUAUGCAGCAUACGAAGAUAGAAGACUUAAGGAAAUGGACUCUGAUGGAAGCGGUCAAGGUCUGAGACAGAACCAGAAGAAAGACAAAAUCAGAAAGGAGUUCGAGAAGCACGAAGAUAACCCUUUCAAUCAAGUCAACGCUAGCUAUGAUGCUACCAGAGAGGAAAUCAAAGAGCUUAAGGAGAGGGAAAAGUCGAAGAUUGAAGCAAGACUUGGAGGAAAAUAA